CGUGCGUAUGUUUGUGUGUGGAGCAGGUUGGCGUGAUCGCCGUCUCUACCCGGUUUGUUUUUGUUCUCUAACAAAGUGACAGUCUCAGAGCAGCGGUCGGCUCUGCAAGUGGAGGACGGACACCGUCGUUACAUCUUUGUUUGUGUUUACAGUAACCCUGUUUCUGAUUUAACACCACAAAAUGGAUCCUGGUUAAGGAUUAUUUUGGAAAUAAAGAAGAAUUCAGUUUUUAGGAUGGCGAGCUGAUGCGGCUCAGGGGCGAUCGGCGGCCCGCUGCCGUGUGUGAAGCCUGGGGCUGAAUUAAGCUGCAGUCGCCGCGGCUCCGCUGACGGAGGAAAGGACACGCCGCUGCGACUCCUUAUUACAGAAGAACAACGAAACAAAUCUCCCUCUGAUUCUCUUCUGGGAGUGCUCUCACUUGAAACGCCGCCAAGAUAGCUGGACCGGGCAGGAAACGGCACAGCUCAGAUCCAGACCCCUGUGGAAGCAGCUCCGGCAGUGGGAGCGAGGUAGGAGACGGCCGACCCAUUAGCGGCAAGUGGCUGAAGAUGGCCAGCAGCAGUACAGGACCCAGUGAAUCGGGCCGGAGGCGAGGUCAGAGAGGACCUGACGAUGUGGUCAGCACCAGUAAGAAGAAGCAGAAGGACAGAGCUAACCAGGAGAGCAAGGAGGCCAAGCGGGCCACCUCAGCCACCAGCUCAGUGACUAGAAAAGAUUUGUUUGUGGACUGGAAGCAGAAUGUGUACGAGGUGAUAGUGAGGCUGAACUGUGAAGAUGCUGGGGUGCUGAGAGUGGAAGAUAUCGAUUAUGCCUUUUCCGAUUCCGCCUGCCACAUCCGUCUGCCGGAUGGCCGUGAAUGGAGCUGUCAUCUCCAUGAAGAGAUUGAAGCCUCAUGCAGUAAACUGCUUUAUAAGGAGAAAAUAAAAGUUCUGCAGCUUGUCAUGCACAAGAAGAUCCCCCUCAACACAUGGCCCACCUUUGCUAACAAGAAAAAGACGGAAAAGGUAAACAUCCUUAGAGAGAAUGGCAGCAACCACCACCAGUCAACCACAGGGCAGUCUGAAAAAUCUGGCGAAAUCAUUGAGAAAAUGCCCACAGUGACCACUGCUGAGCAGAAACGAGGUAAACCUGACCGAGGGUUAAAGCGAGGGAUGAAAGGCAAACAGGUGGAGCUCACUGAGAGCACAGGUGUGAAGGUAGCUGAGAUUAAAUCAAAUGAUAAAGCAGACCCGAUCAAUGAGCCCAGCACAAAGCGCACCACACGACCAUCCAGAAACACAAAGGAGCCCCAACUAGCUCCCUGCUCGACAAAAGAGUCUCAGUCCAAACAAGCAGUUAAUGGAAAAACCCAUUCGUUAGCUGUGAGCAGUGGUGCCUCUUCAGCUAGUAAUUCAAAAGAUAACAGGGUUCAGAUGCAGGUCAAAGGUCAAGGAUGCCAGGCAUCACCAAGAGAAAAAGAGAUGGACAGGAGGCCAAAAAGCAACGAUCAGGUUGAGGAAAAUGAAAGUAAGACUGUUUCCUCAGUGUGUGAGCUGAAGGUGGCACAACAGGAGAGUUCUCCUCUAGUGAAAAUGCACACUGGGAACAUAGCAGCUGAUGAGAGAGAAAACAGAAAAGAUGAAAAGAAGCCACAGGUUGAUGCCCAGAUCCCUAAAAUGCUUCCAUCUCCUGAUUUGGUAUCUGGAGCGCCUGUUUCAACAGCCUCUAAGAGAGAGGAGUCCCCUCAAAAGAGCUGCACAGAGGAGAAGAAAGACAAGUCCAAGGAGGAUCCACAUGGAGGGAGCCAAGAGGAGGAUACUGAAGGUCCGGAGCCGAUGGUGAACUUGAAGUUUGUGAAGAAUGACUCUUAUGAGAAAGGGAUAGACCUGAUGGUUGUUAAUGUCUACAUGAAAGAAAUCUGCCGGCAGACGUCCAGGGUGUUGUUCAGGGAACAAGACUUCACUCUUGUCUUCCAGAGCAGUGAUCCCAACUUUUUGCGCCUUCAUCCGGAUUGUGGACCAAACACUGUCUUUAAAUGGCAGGUUAAACUCAGGAAUCUAAUUCAGCCAGAUCAGUCCAGCUAUGCCUUCACACCGUCCCGUAUCGACAUCACCCUGAAGAAAAGACACAGUCAGCGCUGGGGAGGUCUGGAGGCACCUGCCACACAAGAAGUGCUGCAGGUGCGUGAUAAUUCAGAUGUUUCCAUAACCUUUGACCCCUUCCUGUACUUGCCUGUCCCCCUACCUCAAAAGCAGAAGGUGUUGACUGUUUUCUAUUUCGCUAAAGAGCCUCACAAGAAACCAGUCAAGUUUUUGGUCAGUGUGAGUAAAGAGAACUCAAGCACGGCUGAAGUACUGGAGUCAAUAUCUCGCAGUGUGAGGAUCAAACCAGAGAACCUGUGGCUGGCAGAGGUGGUGAAGAACAGGUUCCACAGAAUCUUCUCACCGUCUCAAUCUUUAGACACAGUCUCUUCCAGUGACCUGCUUUUCUGCUUUGAGGUGUUGUCUAAAGAUCUUGCCAAAGAGAGAGUGGUGCUGCUGAAGGUCCAACAGAGACCUCUGGUUCCAAGCAUCCCAAUUACAAAGUGCGCUGGCUGCAUGAAGCCUCCUGCCUCUGACGACGAGAAGCUCAAGCGCUGUACUCGCUGUUACCGUGUUGGCUACUGUAAUCAGGCCUGCCAGAAGAAGCACUGGCCCAAUCACAAGACCACAUGCCGGCCCAAUGUGGAGAAUAUUGGACUGCCGUUUUUAAUUAGUGUGCCUGAGUCUAGGCUGACUUACUCCCGCCUGACACAGCUUUUGGAAGGCUACUCUAGGUACUCUGUCAAUGUGUUCCAGCCACCUUUCCAGUCCGGUCGGACGUCUCCAGAGGCCAGCCUGUCCCAUGUUGACCUGGCCUCCUUGGCGAGCAACGUCUCAGAGUGUCAGGAGCAGGAGGAGGAACAGUCAUCUGCAGGAGAAGCGGAAAACCAAGCGGAGCAGGGUGACUCUGUCACAGCCCCGCAAACUGAGACCGUGUCUGUGAUCUCCGCAGCAGGUGGGGACACUCUCUCCGCACACACCAAUGACUCGGGGUGCGGUGAGCUCGCCACCAGCUCCCAAAAUUCUUUGGUGGAGAAAGAAACAUCAUGUGAAAAGGCUAUAAAACCAGAAGCUGUAGUGACCGGGUAUCAGCAGCCUUCUGAGUCAGCCACUGGAAGUGCGUCUCAAUUCCACAUCACAGUUCUGGACUCAAGCCAAAAGGAGGACAGAAAACUUGAGGACAAAGGUGAUGUGAUACUGGAGCUGCCUGAUGACUGCACGCUGGAGCUGGUGUGGAAGAACAACGAGCGGCAGAAGGAAUAUGUGCUGGUCCGCUCUAAAGAGCUGGAGUUUGAUGAGGACCCUGGCUCUGCUACAGAGACAUCCAGGGCUGGACACUUCACUUUAGAGCAGUGCCUGAAUCUCUUUACCAAACCUGAGGUGCUGGCCCCUGAAGAGGCAUGGUAUUGUCCUAAGUGUCAGCAACACAGGGAAGCCUCUAAACAGCUGCUGCUUUGGCGUCUUCCCAACGUGCUUAUCAUCCAGCUCAAGCGCUUCUCUUUUAGGAGCUUCAUAUGGAGGGACAAGAUUAAUGAUAUGGUUGAUUUCCCAGUCAGAAACCUGGAUCUGAGUAAGUUUUGUAUUGGUCAUAAGGGUGACAUCCAGCAGCCCCCCAUCUAUGAUCUCUACGCUGUGAUCAACCAUUAUGGCGGCAUGAUCGGAGGACACUACACGGCCUAUGCACGUCUUCCCAGCGACAAGAACAGCCAGCGCAGCGACGUCGGCUGGCGUUUGUUUGAUGACAGCACAGUGACAACGGUGGAAGAGAGUCAGGUGGUUACACGUUACGCCUAUGUACUGUUCUACCGCCGCAGGAACUCUCCGGUAGAGAGGCCGUCUCACUUACUGGGGCCCCUUGGCGCCGAAUCCUCUGCUGCAACCGGCGGUGCUGCCAGUCAGGCGUCUCUGAUAUGGCAGGAACUGGAGGAGGAUGAGGAGGGGCAGCAAGAGGCCUCUUUUCGGAGCCUGUUUUGCCCAGGGCUGCGUGGAAGAAGAGCCAGGAUGAGGCCAGAGGAAGAAGAGGAGGGCAGGGGAGGGCAUUCUCACCGCAGACGAGACCGCAUCUCAGAUUACUCUGAUGGCGAGCGUCUGAGAUAUUUCAUCAUGGGCACUGUGGCGGCAGUCCUAGCCUUGCUGUUCAACCUCAUCUAUCCUUUGUUGUACUGGUCCAACUGGGCUUAAUUUACUGGUCACUGCAGCCGCAGACCCUCAGCAGAAACUAAAGAUUUGCACUUUGCAUUGUUCUAUUAGUCAUCACUCUUCUCUUAACAACUUCAAUGUUAUUUAGCUUGGGAGUCACACAGACUGAUAUAUAUCCAUGCUAUUCAGGGUUGUUUUUAUUUUUCAUUUGUUGUUUUACAAUAAUGUCCAGAAUGUUUCAUAAACACUCAGGAAAAAUGUCUUGCAUAAAUAUA